CUUUGCAAGGAAAGUGUGUGUUAAUCCGAAGUGAUUCAGCCGAGACCCACGCGGCCAGCAUGACGGGAAGCGGUCAGGAGGGCGAGGCCGCGGGUGACGGUCGCUGGCUCAGACCGGCCAGCGAAGUGGAGAGUUUUUUCGAAACUUUCCAGACUCGAGGGAUGUUCCUGACCGCCUACUGGAUCACACUUCGCACGGCGGAGCCCCUGCAGGAGGAAAGCGUCGGGCUAGCGCUCCGCCAUCUCUUCAGGAAGGUGCCGCCCCUGAGGACGUGUUUCCGCAGGCGAGGCGACUGCUUGUGGCUGUGCGAGAUGGGGGAGGAGGCCGUCGACUUCCAGGUCGAGGAGGAGGCGGACCCCAAGCGGGUGAUGGAGGACCUGAUGAGCCAGAGCUUCCCCUCUCACGAGGGCCCCCUGUGGCGUGCCAGGCUGGUCCGAGGAGCCGCCGGCGAGGACUGUCCCCCGGAGGAGGUGCGGGCGUCCUUCCCUCACACGAGCCACCUCGUCCUCGGGAACCAUCACGGCAUCGCCGACGGAACCUCCAACGUCAGGACCUACAACCUCCUGCUCAGGAUCCUCAAUGACGUCAUCGCCGGCAGGCCUAUCGACGACCAGGAGCAGCUGGGCGAGAUGGUCGUCCAGGAGGAGUUCAAAGCAAUGGUCAGCGCCAAACUGCGGGAGCUUCAGAAGGACCCCGAGAACCUCCAGCGCUUGGUGGAGGAAGGAAGGAGAGUCCAAACAAGCGUCCCCCUCUUGCUCCAGUGUUACCCAUCGGCAGAAGGAACAGAAAAGAAAACUGAAUUAAUCUUUGAGGAACUGGACGAAGACACGACGCGUAGGUUCUUCCACAGAUGCAAGAGGGAGGGCGUGUCGGUGGGAAGCGCCUUCACAGCGCUCAUAAACGGAGCAACCAUCGACCUGGCCAAGAAGGCCGGCCGCACGGAUGAAACGUUCACACUGAACGAGUCGCAUGCGCUGGACGUGCGUCGGUUCCUCUCCGGCGACGCUUCGAGGCACCUCGGCGUCCACAUCACGGUUCUCCCUCACGCUGUUGAGGCCCCAGCGGCGUGGCGGGAGUCCUUCUGGGACUACGCAAGGACACUCCACUACAGCCUCCACACCAAGCUCAAUCAAGAUGGACAUCUGCUUAACAGCUGUAUUAGAGAGGCGUCAGUGUCUACAGAUGACGUAGGCAAAGCCCCAUCUCUGUUUCCUCCUCCCUUUGAAGACUCCGUGUGUACAAAUAUGAGGAACCUAGACGCUCUCUGUCCGGACGUCGCCGGGGAACACGUCCAGGCCACGCGGAUACUCAGGGGCGCUUCCAACUGCACAUCAGCGCACUUCUUCCACACUUUCCGCAGGAGAUUCCUCUACAGCCUCUGUUCCUCUGCACACAUUCUCCCGAGGGACACCGCCAAGGCCCUCACUCGAGCCAUCUUCGACAACCUGCGUUCUCUCGUGUGAAAUCGGACUUUGCCUCUUUCCUCGUCGAAGAAGAGGUACUUGGGCAUCCCGAUUUCUUUUUGGAUAUUUUAGUACACCGAGUUUUCUUGUGUGGCCCUUUCGUGUUCUAAGACAUUAUAUGUACUGUGGGAAUUCAAUUUAGGUAAUUCUACGUUCAUGUAACCUGCGUUACGAGAUCAUGGUAAUCGCAAAUCAAUUUAUGAAAUUGCAAUUUUUGACUAGCGAAUUCAAAUCAACUCUUCAUGAAAGAAAUUCAGUAUAUGAGUUGGUACUGGCAUGAGAAUAUUUUGUCGCCGUCUGUGUACGUGCAUUUCAGUACGAGAUAAUAUUGCCAUUUUGCAUACAUGAUUACUCACUGUACACGAAGGAACUUUUGGCAUUCAAAUUCAGGUGAUAAAAAAAGUUCUUUAUCAUCCGAUGACAUUUAACAGCACCUCUCCUCAUCCCUUCUGACGUCCCCUUAAAUGAUUCACCUACUAAACAGGCUGUUGCAUGUGUUGCACAGAUUAUCAGGAAGUUAAUUUGCAAUAGAGGUGUCAACGUGACGAAAAGUAAAAUCGCUGUUUAUUUUAAAACAAAGUUUCCAGAAGAGGACUUUUGUGUGGUAAAUAGAAGUUAGGUCAUCUAAGAUACAAGUCUCUGGCAGAUGUUGGGCAAAGGGGGAGGGGGGGGAAG